GGCAGCCUUGUCGAGUACACCUCUAUCGGGUACGGUACUAGUAGUAGGUACACGGGACCUGGUCAGAGGCGAACUGGCAUGUAUAGUAAUAAUACCAUCUCUCCGCUCCAGCCUCUCGCCGAGGCAACAAUAUCCAGCGUCAGGAACAACCGACGGGCCGGGGCGAUACAUUAAUUGUACUGUUCACUCCUUAUAUACGAUCCUGCAAGAGUUGUACUUGACAUCUCCACGAUCUUGACUCUGGGUUGCCUCCAUAUACAAAAUCAAUAUUGUUCAUCAAACUUGGGAGUACGCUACUGAGCCCCCUACACCUAGCUGCCCAACCUACUAGGUAUUUAUCUAUAUUAAAGUCUCCCCUGGACUGCGAAGCCUUACAGAGGCCGUACCAACCACUAUCUGGUGACAAGUCUGUCCGGCAUCGCAAAACAAGACUCAUCCUCAAUCUGUCAAACCGUCUUAGCAGCAUAUAUACAUAUAACCGACAACCAUGUCAUCAUCCCAGAACAACGCCUACGUGCUCGGCGUCGGGCUGACCGAGUUCAUCAAGCCACGCCGACUGCGGCCAUACCCGGAACUGGGGUUCGAGGCAGGCGCCAAAGCAAUGCUGGACGCACACAUCACGUACGACGACGUGCAGGCGGGUGUGGCAUGCUACUGCUACGGCGACACGUGCUGCGGCCAGAGGGUGUUCUACCAGUUCGGCAUGACGGGGAUUCCAAUCUACAACACGACCAACGCCUGCGCGACGGGCUCGACGGGCCUGCAGCUGGCGCGAACCCUGGUCCGCGGCGGCACAGUCGACGUCGUCCUGGUCAUCGGCUUCGAGACCAUGAUGCCUGGCUCUCUCAAGAGCAUGUGGCCCGACCGUCCGAGUCCGAUGGGCUUGGCUACCAAGAUCAUGAACGAGACCAGAGGCAAGUUCGACUCGCCCAGGAAUGCUCAGCUAUUUGCCAAUGCUGGCAGAGAAUACAUGGAGAAAUACGGCGCCGAAGCACGCGACUUUGCCGAAAUCGCACGCGUGUCGCACGAGCACUCGUCGCGCAAUCCAUACGCACAGUUCAAGAACGUAUACACGCUCGAGGAGAUUGAAAAGUCGCCCAUGAUUCACUACCCCCUGACCAAGCUGCAGUGCAGCCCGACGUCGGACGGAUCAGGGGCCGCCGUCAUCGUAUCUCAGCGGUUCCUCGAUUCGCGGCCAGACCUAAAGUCGCACGCGAUCCUGAUGGCCGGACAGUCGCUGAUGACCGACUCGCCGGCCAUCUACGACCACAAGAGCUCGAUGAACCUGGUCGGCUUCGACAUGACUCGGCGCGCGGCCAAGGCGGCGCUGGCCGAGGCCCGCGUCGACCCGCGUACCGUCAAGGUGUGCGAACUGCACGACUGCUUCUCGGCCAACGAGCUCAUCACGCUCGAAGGUCUGGGCUUCUGCGACGAGGGUAAAGCCCAUCUCAUGGUCCGCAACGGCGACAUCACCUACGGCGGCAAAGGUCCCGUCAUCAACCCGUCCGGUGGCCUCAUUUCCAAGGGCCACCCGCUUGGCGCCACGGGUCUGGCCCAGUGUGCCGAACUCACCUGGCAGUUGCGCGGCUGGGCCAACAACGGCCGCCUCGUCAAGGACAUCGAUGUCGCCCUUCAGCAUAACUUGGGUCUCGGCGGCGCCAUCGUCAUCACCGUCUACAAGCGUGCCGAUGGCCGUAAAAAUACCGAUGCCGCUCUCUCCGAUGCAGAAAUCGCAAAGAAAUCCGGUCUCGGGUAUAACCCUGCUGUCGAGGCCAGGAAGAUCACUCUCGACGUCGCUGAUAAGGUUAGAAGUAAGACUGCUCGUUGUGACUAUGCCCUCGGUGAAACGGCUGAGAAGUUGGGUGCACCACAAGCUAGGUUGUAAUCGGUCGCCUUUAAUUUCUCCAUUCCCCGGCCAUGAGGGAAUGAGUGAACGUAUAUAGCUUGGUCUGAUAUGGUGGCAGAGCCAUUUCAAAAUUUCAAUGAACUAGUCCAUUUUCCUUGAACAG